AUGGGUCGAGAGGGUAAUAAGCCCAGUUUUCGUUACACAUGGGCUCGCCUACCGAGUCCCCAAACGUCGAGUCUUCAAGCCCACGAAGACGGAGCGAAUCAACUUGCCAAAAGAGGCUGGGUUCAUUGGCUCAAGCCAAUGGUCGAGGCAGUGGGAGAGAUAGUGCGAAUAGAGUGCACUCCUUGGCAGACUUACACCAUCUGCAGCCUCAUAGUUAUCCAACAGCCAUUGAACCUGCGGUGCAAAUUUGUGAAAAACGGGAAUUAUGAUACUUAG